AUGGAGACACAGGCUGUGCAGCGGGAGCUGGAAACCCUUCUAAUCACCAAGAUGGCUCAGACCACUCCCUUGCCAGGGUCCCUGGGUCCAUGGAAGAUAACCAUCUACCACCAAGAGAACUUCCAGGGCAAGGGGAUGGAGUUUACCAGCUCCUGCCCAAAUGUCGCUGCUCAGUUUAACAAUAUCUGGUCUCUCAAGGUGGAAUGUGGAGCAUGGAUUGGUUAUGAGCAUACCAGCUUUUGUGGCCAACAGUUUAUCCUGGAGAGAGAAGAAUACCCUCACUGGGAUGUCUGAAGUGGGAGUAAGCCCUACCACAUUGAACGUCUCAUGACCUUCUGUCCCAUCUGUUCAGUUGCGAGUCUGAAAUUUUCACUUCUGACCUUCUUUCAGAAAGAAAACUUUAUUGGGUGCCAACGGGAGAUCUGUGACGACUACCCCUCCUUACAAACCAUGGGUUGGUUCAAUAAUUAAGUUGGUUCCAUGAAGAUACAAUGUGGAGCAUAAGUAAAAGGAGGUUGAGUUUGUUGCCAGUAUCCUGGAUACCACGGGUAUAUCUUGGAAUAUGACCAUCAUGGAGACGACUAUAAUAAACUAGAGUGGGGUUCUCAUGCCCAGAUUGCCCAGAUUGCAUCAAUCUACCGUACCCCACAGUAGUGGACUGAAUGCUCCUAGUAAGAGAAUUC